CAUGAGACAUCCCAAUCUCUUGCUUGGCCUUUUGAUAAUAUCAUACUUUAGUGGUUUUCAAGUUACAAAUGCCUUCUCACAUUAUUGGGAAGAGCAUAUUGGUCUUCCACACCCUCCACAUUGGUUAGUUGCAAAGGCUUCUCCAUUAAGCCUCCAUCAGAUGGAAAUGUUUAUGAAACUUAUCAAGGAAAAUGAAUUCACUUCUCACCUACAUUUGUUCUGUAAGUAUGCUAAUAUUGCUUGUUCUACAAAUGCACUAGUGAAGAAGACAAUAGACUACACAACCCUGCCACCAAUAGCCAAAUGGAAUCAUGUCAAAGAGAAAUAUGAUGAACUUCCAAAUGAAACACCAUUGUGGGUUGCCAGCCAAGGAGGAUUGCCAUAUUUCCGGGAGUCAAUGGUUAAAGAGGGAGCUCUCAUACCUGUACCUGAUCUAAGGGACCCAAUGUCAUAUAAAUCAUUCUUGCCACGAAAUUUGGCAUAAAAAAUCCCAUUUUCCUUUGCGAAGAUUGAGGAAUUGAAGAAGCUUUUUGAUGUGGUGGAUGAAUCAAACAUGGGUAAGUAUAUUCAAGAUAGUCUUGAGAUAUGUGAGGAGAGCCCCAUCCGAGGCAAGCAGAGAACCUGUGCGACUUCUGCAGAGGAUCUCAUCGAUUUUGUUGUCGAGAAAUUAGGGCACCAUAUACACAUAUGGAGCACGGAGAGCAUUGAAGGAUCUUAUGAGAAUGUCACAAUUGGAGCUGUGAAACUUAUCCAUGGAAACCUCUCCGAACCACCAAUCUUAUGUCAUAGUAUGCCAUUCCUAUUUCAAGUCUAUUAUUGUCAUAUUUUGAAGAAUAUAAAAGUAUAUGCAGUUGAUAUACAUGCUCGGAAGAAAUUGAAUCAUGCAAUCAUGGCAUGCCACUACGAUACAUCGACUUGGAAUCUAAACAAUCUUGCUUUUAAGAUGCUAGGUUUUGGACCAGGACUAAUUGAAGUUUGCCAUUGGAUAAAUGAGAAUGGAGUGGUCUGGACAAAGAGUUUAGGUUGAGAAACAUUUGAAGAUUUGAUUAUCUUCAAUUUCUCUUGCUUGUGUUACAUGUUACACUCCUUAUGCUAUUUGAAGGAUAAAUAAUGACCUUAUUUUGGUUUUCAUAUUAUGUUUUUCAAGUUUCAAUAGUUUUUUGAUCUUCAA